AGUAGAAUGGAUAGCAAAAUUGACCACUCGCCUUUUGGGUUAUACAAUAAAGUGAAUGAUUUAGAAGAUAUUGGAAUAGCAUCUGCUUCUAAUGAAAUGCGUAUUGCUUAUGCCUUGGAUCCAAAUCUUCGGCCUGUUGAGGCAUCAAGAAGACUCAAAGGUAAAGGACAAAGGACAAAACCACGGACCAACUUCGUAGAGACCUGGAUGUGGGAUUCUGUUGACGUUGGGAGUACAGGAACGGCUUCAUUGGUGAAAACUGCACCAGACACUAUAACAACUUGGGUGACCACAUUGUUUGGUAUGCAUCCCUCUGAAGGAUUUAUUUCAUACAAGAAAGAGGUUGAAUUGACCACCUUCCAGGAUUUCUACAUCGCAUUGGGGAUUCCUUACUCUAUUGUUAGAGGAGAGCUAUUUGAUUUGAAUAUUUAUGUUUUCAAUUACAUCCCCAAAAAUGACGCGCUUUCCAUUUCCUGUUUCAUUUAUAGGUUGACAGCUUAUGUGAUUAAAUGCUUCUGUAAAGCAAAACACCAGAUGAAAGGUGUAACAAUUGACAGCAAAGUGAUAGAGAGAGCAGUGUCUUGGUUACUCGAACAGCAGCAAAAAGAUGGGUCGUUUAAAGAAGUUGGCAAUGUCAUCCAUAAAGGUAUGCAGGGUGGAACAUCCUCCGGUGUUACCCUGACUGCUUUCGUUACAAUCAGUUUCCUACAGUGCCAAGAACUGAAUGUGGUCAACGUUACAUACUCACUCAAAAGACCAGCUGAAUAUCUCCGAACUUGGGUCAACAACAGGCGGGCCAAGGAUCUUCCUUCAAGCACAAAGUAUGUGAAAGUUGAAGUGACUGGAAAUGGUUAUGUUCUUGUUCAGGUGAACUGGCAGUAUAAUUUGAUCCCUGAGGAGAAAAAGUCUUAUUUGUCCAUCAAUAUGUCAAAGAGGCUGUCCCUUCCGGAAACUGCUGAAUACGAUGCCUGUGUUAAGUACACAGGAAAAGAAGAUACUGGAAUGGUAUUAGUUUCAAUAAACACUCUGUCUGGAUUUACUGCAAAUUCAGUGGAUCAAUCAAGCAACUCCUUAAUAAAGAGGUCAGAAGUGGAAGACAACAAAGUUGUUGUCUAUCUGGACUCCUUACCAAAUGGCAAACAAUCAUGCUUCCCUGUGAAAAUGGACCUUGAUAUUAAUGUGGAAAACAUGAAGCCCCAAGUUGCUGAAGUAGUCAUGUAUUAUCAACCAGACCAAAAAGCAGAGACAACUUACUCAAUAUCAGAUCUCAUCACUGAAAGAAGUAAAAUGUCACCACUUAUUGGUCCACCUCUUCCAUCUCUUCCUCCACCUGUUCGUCCACCCUUUGAUCGCUUUCCUGAAAUUAAUUAAUUCUAGAUGAGUGAGGAAGGGUUGCAGUGCAGAUGAUAGAAACACUGACACUUAACUCCCAUGAUGAUGAUGGAAAUUUUCUGUCAAUUUGAACUCUUACCGAAAUGUGAUGUGAAACACUUAGUAAUACAUAGCUCUAUAUAUUGUGUACUUUUGCCCCUUAUGUUUUAUAUAUAGAUUCUAUUUUCUACAGCUGGGUAACAUGGUAACUGACCAAAAAGUCUGUCAGUCACACAAUGACUAAAAGAAAUUUAUUGCAAUCAAUAAAAAAUUUGACCUUUUUGACUUGCCAUCAAUUUCAAUCGUCUUAGAUAAACAACCUUUCUUUAUUUUUAUCCUUUUUCUAUCUUUCUGUCCUUUUUCUCUCUAACCAAGCCUCACACAUAUAAAUUCUAAAUGACAAAGAACAUCUCAAAUAACCACUACCAAAACAUCCUCUUUCCAAAACCCAAGAAAAAUUCAACUCCAGGUUUUUUUUUCAACUAAUUCUUACGUAUGAAUUUUCUAUAAAAAAAUAAACAUUCAUGAUGAAUCUCUAAAAGGGACAAAAAUGCUAAAUAAAUAGUUUUUAUCAAAA